GUUUUUCCAAUUGCCCAGGUGGUUUUAUCAAAUCACAUUUAUCUCGUCAUAUCCAUGUCGAACGUCCUUUUAACUCGAGCAUUCCAGGGAGCGUCUGGCGUCCUAGCAGUACCAGAGCUAUAUAGUUAUAACUUCCGCUUCUUCGCAUCGAUACACUGCCGCUUCGCAGUUGGCAAAUGUCGCAGUAUGCGGCGAGUUUUGCAACACGGCUUUAGCCGGCAUUUACCUUCAUGUCCAGUAACGUCACCUUCUUGGCGCAUCGGAGAGCAGCAGUUUACUACCAACACGUGCAAUUUGUCACCAAGGGUCCUCUAACAAGCCACACAACUUGCUAAUGUCAACGUCAGAAAGAUCUCUACCCACACUGCGAACCCCUUGUUCUCCACUUCGAUACUUCCUGGCUUUUCCCUGAUGGCUCUUAUCUCCAUUUUGACGCUAAGUCCGUUACGUCC